CUGAAUCAAGAGAUAGACUACGUACCACCACCGUAUUAUAAUGAGCAGAACUAUCAGAACACAUACGAAUACGACCCGAACGAUCUGAAUAUGAGCCAUUUAAGUGUUAAUGAUAAUCUACAACGCACACAGUCACCCGGACUAAACACUUACGCAAAUCAAGACGCAGCUUCCAUGUACUCACAGAGCUCAGAUCCACGUUUAUCUGCAGGACCGUUCCCACCGUCAUUCAAUCCAAUGUACGUUGCACGUCCACCCGAGCAAGAGCUAGCAGACGAUGGCAGAUCAAUAAGGAGUUUUGAUACUGCAUCUCUAGCCCCAAAUCAAUUUCCUAAUCCAACGGUGAUGCCAAACUUUUACCCCGGUCAUCCACAAAUGAUGGGAUACGGGGGAUAUCCACCAUUUUAUUCAACGCCUGAUAAUGUCUAUACCAGCCAUCCUCAAAUGUACUCUAUACCACCUGGAUAUAACAUGCCACCACCACCACCACCACCACUCCAAGCUGCCCAGAAUAGGUCAAAAACUUCUUUACAUAGUUUGAGAACUCCAACUUUGCCAACUAGACAACCACCUAAAGCUCAAGUUAAGAAUGAAAUGCCUUAUAAUAGAGCUUUCGUCGAUGAUUAUAGGACUAGAGUAAAGGGAGAUCCAGAUCCAGAAGCUCAAUUCGCAUAUGCUAGGUAUUUAAUUACAGCAGCUAAAAAGAUUUUUACAGAUGAAUCACCAACUAAUCCAAAAUCAGCUCAUAAGUAUAGAGAUGCACUUUUAACUGAAUCAAUUAAAGUUAUUAAAAAGUUAGCAAUGCAAGCUAAACCUGGUUAUUGUGAAGCUCAAUUCUUUCUCGCUAAUUGCUUGGGUAGUGGUGCAUUAGGUUUACAAACUGAUCAACAAAAGGCUUAUGAUCUUUAUUUAACUGCAGCUAAAAGAAAUCAUGGUCCAUCAACUUAUAGAGCAGCAGUUUGUAAUGAAUUAGGAGUUGGUACAAAGAAAGAUAUUGCAAGAAGUUGUGAAUUAUACAGAAAGGCUGCAACUUUGGGUGAAACGGCUGCAAUGUACAAAAUUGGUGUGAUAUUAUUGAAUGGACUUUUAGGUGUCAAUAGAAAUGCAAAAGACGCUAUCAUCUGGUUUAAUAGAGCUGCUCAACAAGCUGAUGAAGAUAAUCCACAUGCAUUGCAUGAAUUAGCAUUAUUAUAUGAGCAUCCUGUUGCAGGCGCUCUCACACAAGAUGACAAAGUAGCCUAUGAAUUGUUUAGUCAAGCUGCACAUUAUGGUUAUGCGCCUUCACAAUUUAAACUAGGUACAGCCUAUGAAUAUGGUAACUUAACUUGUCCAGUUGAUCCAAGAAGAUCAAUCGCCUGGUAUACAAGGGCAGCAGAGAAAGGUCACGCAGAGGCUGAAUUAGCGUUAUCUGGAUGGUAUUUGACUGGAUCUGAAGGUGUUUUAAAACAAUCAGAUUCCGAGGCUUUCCUUUGGGCAAGAAGAGCAGCAAAUCAAGGCCAAGCUAAUGCUGAAUACGCAGUUGGUUAUUAUAGUGAAGUUGGUAUUGGUGUGAAGCAAGAUUUAGAAUUAGCCAAAAAGUGGUAUACAAGGGCAGCACAAAAAGGUAAUCAAAGAGCUUCACAGAGGUUAAUAGAGUUAAAGAGGCUUGGAAAUCAACGUAAGAAUGGUGGUAGACCAACUCGACAGCAAGCUAGAGAUGAAGGAUGCAUAAUAUCGUAGACAAACAAUAAGAUUUAAUCAUUUAAUCGUUCACAUUCACUUACUCAAUCGCAAUACAAGUACAUCAUUAAUUUACAAUAUCAAGACCAACAUCAUUAAUAUUAUUAAUUAGUCAUUCGUUAUUUUUACUUUUGGAUAUAUCAUAGAACGUUUGUACAACUGAAAUCAAUAAUAAUCUUACAAAUUAAACUUUUUCGGCAGCCCAUACACCAAAUUUACAUGCAGAACCUAUCACUGCGCUUAGUAAAGCGUGUGCUGGUGCUUGUUGAGCGCCGUGAUCGACAGCUGUAUCAAGGUGCUCUAAUUCAUCGUCUCUAAAUUGUUCACAUGUUUCUCUCAAUUUUACUAAAUCUGGGUGGAGAUGUUCAAACUUUUUUAAUUGUGUUAUUUGAUCAUCAUAAUGUUCACCGAUUACAGUUUCAACAGCUUCUGUGCAUGCCAUAGCGGAUUGUUUACCCAGUGCUGUUGUAGAUGCACCCAUAAACCAACCUGCUGCUAUCCAAACGGGUGAUAAAACCGUCGGCCGGACUCUAAAGUCGUCAAUGAGUUUAUUGAAAGUACUCAGAUGAUGCUUCUCUUGAUCCCACAUAUGUUGUACUAAUUCAAUUUCAUCCGAUCGACCUGGACCUGCUUUCUUUGUAGCGUACAUUUGUCCAGCGUAGAUACAAUUGGCGCCAAGUUCACCAGCGUGAUCAACUCUAAUAAGUUUAUCUAUAAUAUCCUUUUGUUCAGUUGUUAUAUUGAUAUUUUUGAAUUUGUUAAGAUUUCUUAAGCUGCUUC